AGCUCCCUAGACCCAUUCAUUGAUUGCUCUGUCAUGAUUCUUGUUUUCUUGUUCCAAGGCUCAUCCUCUGCAAGCUGGCUCUCAAUAUUGAUCAUUCUAGUGGAAAUCCAAGGCCAAAGGCGACAAUUGUCGCCCUUUUGCAGUCUUUCUGGGCUUGAAACCGGGUGGGAUAAAUCAAAGCAAAGAAGACCCAUCACUUAAAUCAAAACUCAAUCUAAGAUCCAUAUCUUCAUUUUCACUCUUCCACUCCAAAUUCAUAGAAAGUUAGAUUCCACUCUAAAGACUCUUUUGCUCUAUCAUGCAGUAGAUCUUGUUUUCUUGUUCCAACAUUGAACAUUCCAAAAGAAAUCCAAAACCAAAAAGGUUCUGAAACUGGUUGGGAUGGAACCAAUCGAAGAAGGGCACUCACUCAAUUAAAAUCAGAGCAGAAUCCAAGACUACCAUCCUCUGCACUCUCCCUCUUCCACCAUCCAAACUCAUCACUCUUCUUUCCUAUCUUUAAUUAUGUGUGUUGGAUGAUGAACAAGAAAGCACCCAAUUAUGCUCUGUAAUCUAGUCUUUUUUGGUGGAAUCAACAAACAAAAAGCAA